AUGACCGGUGCCGGCCCCGCCACCCUGGGCCCCGACUGGCGGCGGUUCUGCGAGCUGCACGCGCGAACAGCCGCGGCGGGCUUCGCGCACAAGUUCUGCCGCUUCGUGCGGGACAACCCGGCCUACGACACGCCGGACGCGGGCGCCUCCUUCUCCCGCCACUUCGCCGCCAACUUCCUGGACGUCUUCGGCGAGGAGGUGCGCCGCGUGCUGGGGGCCGGCCCGGCGCCCCGGGGGCCGUCGGAGGACGCCGACGCCAUGGACCCCGACGCCGCAGGACGCGCGGCGGCCAGGACGCGCGUCCGCAAGGGCUUCUCGCUGCGCAACAUGAGCCUGUGCGUGGUGGACGGCGUGCGCGACAUGUGGCACCGGCGCGCCGAGCCCGAGCCCCCGGCCGAGCCGCGCGACCGGUGGACGCGGCGCCUGCGGCUGUCGCGGACGCUGGCGGCCAAGGUGGAGCUGGUGGACAUCCAGCGCGAGGGCGCGCUGCGCUUCAUGGUGGCCGACGACGCGGCCGCGGGGCCCGGAGGCGCGGCCCAGUGGCAGAAGUGUCGCCUGCUGCUGCGCCGGGCGGUGGCUGGCGAGCGGUUCCGCCUGGAGUUCUUCGUGCCCCCCAAGAAUGGAGGCUGUCGGAGGGGUCUUUGCGACCAGCGAGGGGAGGGGGCCCUUGGCCCGGCCCAUAACAGGGGCUUCUUCCUCACUCGCUCUCCAGAGGGCUCUCCUCCGAGCGGCUGUCAGUGGGGCAGGGACAGCGAGGAUGAUGCCGAGCCCUCAUGCACCCGGGGAGGCUGCCUGGCCAGCCGUGUGGCCUCCUGUAGCUGUGAGCUCCUGGCCGACGCAGACAUCCCCCGGGCCCCAGAGACAGCAGCAACUGCGGGGACAGUGGUGACUGCCCCACACGGCCGGGCUCGGGAUGCCGUCGGGGAGUCCCUGGCCCACGUCCCUCUAGAGACCUUCCUGCAGAGCCUGGAGCCCCCGGGUGGUAGCAGUGGCAGCAGUAGCAGUGGUGGCGGCGGUGGUGACAGCAGUAACACAGGGGAGGAGGGAGCCGAGCCAGAACCCGAGCCGGAGCCACAGCUGGAACUCUCCGAGUACCCCUGGUUCCACGGGACGCUAUCACGGGUCAAGGCAGCCCAGCUGGUGCUGGUGGGGGGGCCCCGAAACCACGGCCUCUUCGUGAUCCGGCAGAGUGAGACACGACCUGGGGAGUACGUGCUGACCUUCAACUUCCAGGGCAAGGCCAAGCACCUGCGCCUGUCCCUGAAUGGCCACGGCCAGUGCCACGUCCAGCACCUGUGGUUCCAGUCGGUGCUAGACAUGCUGCGCCACUUCCACACCCACCCGAUCCCGCUGGAGUCCGGCGGCUCUGCCGACAUCACCCUGCGCAGCUACGUGCGGGCCCAGGGCCCCCCACCUGAGCCAGGGCCCGCGCCCGCCGCCGCGCCCACCUGCUGGAGCGAGCCCGCCGGCCAGCACUACUUCUCCAACCUGGCUCCCACCACCACCGGGCCGCCCGCCUCGCCCCCUGAGCCGCCAGCAGCCCAAGCCCCAGCCGCCGCCACCGGCCCUGCCACGCCCUCCGAGGCCCCACGCAGCCGCAGCGACAGCCCGGAGCGCCUGCGGGAGCCCGCGGGCGCCGAGGAGCUCGCCGAGCCGGAGGGCGCGCGGGGCCGGCCGCGGGCCGUGGAGAACCAGUACUCCUUCUACUAG